CAGGAGCUGCUGCUGUCUCCCUCCAGGCACAUUUGCAGCCAAAGCUGAAUAUUGCUACACUGGGGUCUCCUUCUAGCCUUAAAUUUCAGUUCAUUAACUUCAGCUGCCCACGACAUGGCUCUGCUACUCUCCUUGAUCCUUGCCGUUUGCACUGGACCUGGCCUCUUAGAGUCUUCACACACAGUGCGACUGGUGAGAGGCCCCCACUCCUGUGAAGGGCAAGUGGAGGUGAAGCACAGGGGUCAUUGGUACACUGUAUGUGAUUACGGCUGGGACUUGAAGGAUGUCUCUGUGGUGUGCCAGGAGCUGGACUGUGGAGAAGCCAAGGGAACACUCCCUGGAUUGACGCCACGGGCACAAGAGAACCAAGACAUCUUCAAGCAACAGUUCAAUUGCAAUGGUAGGGAAAAGACACUGGCUGAAUGUGAGACAGAAGAUAUUGAUGAUGGGAGUUGUAGCCACCAACAUGUUGCAGGAGCAUCAUGUGAGAACACUGUGCAGCUAGCUGAUGGCCCUGGACGCUGCACAGGACGAGUAGAGGUGAAACAUCAGGACCAGUGGGGCACCGUGUGCAAAGCAGGCUGGAACCUCCAGGCCGCCAAGGUGGUAUGCCGGCAGCUGGGAUGUGGGCGGGCCAUACUGACCCGAGGACACUGUGAUGACGCUACCCAGGGCCAAGGACCCAUCUGGCUGAGCCAGGUGUCAUGCUCAGGAACAGAAAUGACCAUUCAGGAUUGCUCUUUCAGGAACUGGGGGGAGAACAACUGCACCCAUGACGAAGACACUUGGGUCCAGUGUGAAGAUCCCUUUGAACUGAAGUUGGAGGGAGGAGACAGCCCCUGCCUUGGGCGACUGGUGGUGCUGCACAAAGGUGUAUGGGGCUCUGUCUGUGAUGAUGGUUGGGGAGAAAAGGAAGAACAGGUGGUAUGCAAGGAACUGGGCUGUGGGGAUCCCCACCCUCUGCGCCACAGACUCCAGAAAGACUUUGGCCUGGGGGUUGGCCGCAUCUGGCUAGAUGACGUCCGUUGCUCAGGGAGUGAGCAGUCUCUGGAGAAGUGCCGGCACAGGUUCUGGGGGUAUCAUGACUGCACCCACAAGGAAGAUGUGGCUGUGAUCUGCUCAGGGCAGUAGCCUGGCCUUCUCGAUGCUUCAUCUGGCUCCCACUGGCCCCAGAAUGACCCUACUUGUCUCAUGGGCCCAGAUUAUUCCACUGCUCAUGCUGGGCCUGCAGACUUUAGCCGCCAUCCCUCAUCCCCUAAGCAGUAGUCUGAACACUGUGCUUAACCUUGUUCUCUGAGCCAAGCACCUCUAUCCUUGCCUGGUGAUAUGAAUUAUGAGAGAAGAAAUGGAAACUUCUUGCAGUGGAAGAUGAGCUUCCAGUUGUCCUAUCCUCACCACUGACCCCUUGGCAUUGGUUUUUUAGCCUUUCCUGCCUCUUCCCAACCUGCCUGGGACUCCCAGGCCUAUCAUUUUGACCAGAUGUGCAAGCCAUUACUAAGGCAAGAUCUAUGUGUGUAAACAAGAUAAAAGGAAUAAAACAAUAAGAACAUUUGAAAGGAAAUGUUGGCGGACAAUUUCACAGAAGUUGGGGGAAAUCUUAGAAUCAUCAUAUACUCUUUUAUCAAGUCUUGGGUGAUCACAAUUAAUAAUACUUCCCUACUAUCUUAUUCCUUGGUGAGAGUAGAACAUUUUUUUAGGGGCAGAGUCCUCUAAUCCAAGACCUGAUCUUUUUCAUGACACUUGGAAAAAGAUAUUGGAUACUCUGAUGCCCUGAAAAAUACCUUUUUUGUCCAUCCCUAUACUAGCUGCCAACAUGGUUGGCCUUUAACAAGAAGAAUCUUACAAAUGCAUUAAUUUUAUCUAAGGAAAAAUAUAUUGGAUACAGAGCUACCACUGGGAGAAGGGCAAGAAAAAGGCAGAAGGAGGUUGGGAUGUCCAGAGUUGUGUAUCAUGUCAAUCAGAAAAUAUAAUUUUCAUUUUAUCAACCGAGGCUUUGGUAUCUGCUGAUCUGAGGCAUAACAUCAUGAUACUAAAAUGACAAUCAAGACUUGAUUGUAAAAAUAGACAAUCUUAG